AACCUUUUUAUACUGUAUUCUCUAUGCCCCCAAUUCUGACUCCACUGAUUGGCUCUUUUUCUCUUGGAACUUUCCAUCACGCACUUUUUUCCAGGUAAAAACAACUGCAGUGGAAUAUUGAGGCCUCCCCCUCCUUUAUCUCCCCAAAUUCUGUGCUUCUUCAGAGACCCUUUGCUUCCUUUUUUUUUUCAUUGUCUUUUGAAUUUUGGUUGGUGGGCAAUACUAAUAUAUGCAUAGAUAGUCGAUACAGAGGUUUUAAUUUCUUUUUUCUGGGGAGAAUUUGGAGGUCUUGUGAUACAGAGGGAGGUUCAGGCCUUGAGGGGAAAAGAUUGAAAAUGGAUGCUAUAAAGAAGCAAGCAAGUAAAUUAAGAGAACAGGUGGCUAGGCAGCAGCAGGCAAUUCUCAGACAACUAGGACAAUUGGGUCAUGAAGCUGUAAUGGUUGAUGACACUGAAAUGGAGUGUUACCAACAACUCCAAAAUUUGUACAAAUCUACAAGAACUGCUAAGCAUUUGCAGAGGGAUAUCGUCCGUGGUGUAGAAGGAUUUAUUUCAAUAAGCAAAAAGCAGAUGGAGAUAACUAGAAAGUUGGCAGAAGAUUGUUGCAAGUAUGGGAUUGAGAACCAAAGUGAUGCUCUUCACCUUGCAAGGGCUGCCUCUGGUUUCAGUACCACACAUGUCUCAAUGGAAGAUCAUAGGGAAACUAUGCUUGGGAUUCUUGCAAACCAGGUUUGUGAACCUCUGCGCGUGUCCAUAGCUGGUGCUCCAUUAGAAGAUGCUCGCCACUUGACUCACCGUUAUGACAGAGUCCGGCAAGAGUUUGAAGCCCAGGCAGCUGAUGUAUUAAGGCGUAGAUCAAAGUGUAAAGAUUCUUCUGCAGAGAGUGUUAUAAAGCUAAAAAGUUCAGAAGCAAAGUUGACUGAGCUUAAAUCUUCAAUGUUGGUGCUUGGGAAUGAAGCAAUUUCCGCUAUGUUGUCAGUUGAGGAUCAGCAACAGCAACUUACUUUUCAAAAGCUUCUUAGCAUGGUAAUGCUAUUCAAAAGUUCAUGUCAGGUGGAUGCUGAGAGAUCUUAUCAUCAAAACAUUGUUGCUCUUUUAGAGAAGCUGCAUUCUGAGAUGAUUCUGGAGGAGCAACUGAACGAGUCUUCGUUACAUUCAUCAUUUAGCCAGAAAGAUUCCUGUUCUCUAUUUGUACAUGUAGAUACCAUAAAUAAGUCUGAAGAUGAUGCAUACUUUAUUGCAAAGGUUAUACACUCUUUUGAUGCCCAAGCAGAUGGCGAGCUUAGCCUUGCAGUUGAUGAUUAUGUUGUUGUUAGGCAGGUGGCUCCUAAUGGAUGGUCCGAAGGAGAAUGCAAGGGCGAGGCUGGAUGGUUUCCUUCAGCCUAUGUAGAAAGGAGAGACAAGAUUCCUGCAAGCAAGCACUGGAAGGUUCGGGCAAUCGGUUUUAGUUUUGCUGCCUUCAAGUUCAUACAUGAAAUUCCCCUUCAUUGUAUAGUUCACUGUUGCUCGUUUGUUUGUUGACAAGUUUACCCUAGUUGGGAUCUGGGAUUCUUUUCCAUUUGAAGAUCAUAACUUUGUGUACUUUUAUUUUUGGGUUGAAGUGCUUUGAUGGGGAUGAAUACUGAUGCCUGGUGGAGAGUAACUAAAAUGCAUGGUUCUUUGGAAGUA